AUUAUUUUUGUCAUGUGUCUUUAUACAUGCAAUAAAUAAGAUUUAUUGCAUGUAUGAUAUUUAAUAUUUAAUGAUAUCUGUUAUGGACGUUUCGGCAUGGAUGGACGUUGCAUUACAAAAGGCUGAAGAGUCUUUGAGAGCUGGUGAAGUUCCAGUAGGCUGUUUAUUUAUAUAUGAUAAUGAAGUAAUUGCAACAGGCAAUAAUACAGUGAAUGAAACUUGUAAUGCAACUCGCCAUGCAGAGAUAAACUGCAUCGAUCAGGUCUUAAAGUUCUGUGAGGAAAAACGCGUGGACUAUGAAACAGUAUUUCGUAAUCUAGAUGUAAUUGUCACAGUAGAACCGUGCAUAAUGUGUAUGUCAGCAUUACUUCAGCUACAAGUACGCAGUGUUGUAUAUGGCUGUGCGAACGAUCGGUUCGGUGGUUGCAUCAGCGUUCUCGAGAUACCAAAAUUUUACGACCCGAAAAUAGUGAUACAGGGAAAUGUUAAGGGAGAGGAGGCCAUGAGAUUGCUUAAAGAUUUUUACAAAGGUGUCAAUCCAAAUGCGCCCGAGUCAAAAAUUAAAAAGGGACGUAAAACGAAAGGAACAGAAAGUGAAUAAUUCUUCUUGUGUUAGUUAUCUGAUUAUACGUACAACUUUUUUUUACUAUAAUACGCUAUUUAGCGUGCCGCUUAAUUGUGAUAAGCUGGAGUCUUUUUAUAACCAUUUGUAUUCUAAAUGUACAAUGUACAAAUAGAAUAGUGAUGUUAAUAUUAAAUAUCAAUAUCCGCGCGUUUUUACUUUA